AUGGGUUCCUCGCGACCAGAACACCACAUCAACCUCAACUACCUUCCCCAGCUUGUUCCGCCAGGCCAGCGGUCCGGCUCCUCAACCGCAGCCACAUCACCGAUUGAGCCUCCCUCCAGCAAUACUAAUAGAUACCCUCUGGGAAGCGGUAAUGGCGUCGGCAAUAUCGGUCCUGCCGCUGUUGGAAGCAGGUUGGGCACCGGGUCUCCCUCACAUGAGUUCGGUGGUAGCAGACUGUUCUCCAAGCGGGCUCGCGAGAUUCAAGCGCAGGAGGGCCUUGCGCCCCAAGUAUGGGGACCACCGACCAGUGGCAAUUCCACGCCGCUGCGGGAAACCAUACCGGAAUCGCCGAAUGGCGACAGCUUUCCCGACUUCAACAUUCCCGUGACUGAACCUCCACAGCCGAGAGCUACGCUCGCGCCAUCUGAUAUCGAACUGAUCCUGGAGAGCCAGAGGCAGGUUGCUUUACAAACUGGAAACAUUGCAGAUCUAGCUGCCCUGGCCAGGAAUGCUAAUCGAUUCCGAUCGUACUCUGUUAAUGCCAAGGAGAAGUACGCUGCGGAGGACGAGGAUGAACUGGCUUAUCUGAGAGGGUAUCCUGGCAAUUACAGCGGCUCAUUGACUCCAACUACCGAAGGAAACCCUGCCGCCUAUGCGAUCCACGAAGCUGUACGGCAGCACAAUAUGGAGGUCCAAGCAUUUGCAAACUUUGCGAGCGCUAAUCGACCUCGAGCACGCACAGCAGGCGUCUUGGACUCCCCCUCUACUCGGCUGUUGCGAAACUACCUUCCCACUCCGUCUAGGCUUGACACGAGCAUUACCGCCUCGGAGAUGCCGCUGACGGAAGAGGCCGAGUAUAGUGGUCUUGCUGAGGCUGUUCAGGGCUUGCAGCUUAACGGGAAACCCACCGAAGCACCUGGAGAGGACAACACCCUAGAAGGACCGACAAGAGCGCUUUGGCUUGGCAACAUACCUUCAUCAACAACGGUCUCUUCGCUGAACGUCAUCUUCAACAAUUUCGGUCCUAUCGAAUCUGCUCGGGUCUUGACGCACAAGAACUGUGGGUUUGUCAACUUCGAGAAUCUGGACAGCGCUGUAAGAGCCAAAUCCCAGCUGAACGGCAAGGAAAUUUUUCCAGGGGCUGGGCCUGUUCGGAUUGGCUAUGCGAAGGUGCCGAGCGCAACUGCUACCCCUGGUAACAACGGCAUCUAUCCCUCACCGAGUCCUGACCCCACUGUGAAAAGAGCCGUCGAAGCUACCGCACCGGAUGCGAUAAACGGUGCUGCAGCAUUUCGUCCACCACCAGGUCCACGAGCUGAGGCGGCGCCUCCUGCACUGACCACUCCGAAGCUCCAGGAUUUACGGAAUGACGUUGUGCAGAUAGUGAAAGAACUUGGCGCCAGCGACGAGGAGCAGAUGCGGAUUGCGACGAGUGUUGAGCAAGCAAUCAAGCACGACCAGUACGAAAUGGAGAUUCCUACCAUCCAGGAGCCAAACCACAACCGCAUGCACGAUGCGCCCAGGCUUCGUGAGAUACGCAAGCGCAUCGACAACAACACCUGCACGGUAGCCGAGAUUGAGGACGUCGCCAUGGGCAUGCUGCCUGAGAUUGCUGAGCUCUCGUCCGACUAUCUGGGCAAUACCGUGGUGCAGAAGAUGUUCGAGUACUGCUCUGAGAACGUUAAGGAGGCCAUGCUGAGCGAGAUCGCGCCACAUCUGGCAGAGAUUGGUGUUCACAAGAACGGCACCUGGGCAGCGCAGAAGAUCAUCGACGUGGCCCGAACUCCGACAACGAUACGGAUGAUUGUUACCGCCUUGCAGCCGUAUAGUGUGGCGUUGUUCUUGGACCAGUUCGGCAAUUAUGUCAUGCAAGGCUGCCUGCGCUACCAGUAUCCGCUGAACAACUUCAUCUUCGAGGUGAUGCUCAAUCGGCUGUGGGAGCUUGCGCAGGGAAGAUUCGGGGCCAGGGCUAUGCGCGCCUGCCUUGAGAGCCAUUACGCCACAAAGGACCAGCAAAGAAUGGUCGCAGCAGUGAUCGCGCUUCACAGCGUGCAGCUGGCUACCAAUGCGAACGGUGCACUGCUUCUGACCUGGUUCCUCGACACUUGCACCUUCCCGCACAGGCGGACAGUCCUCGCACCGCGAUUGGUCCCGCAUCUCGUCCACCUGUGCACGCAUAAGGUCGCGUACCUGACGGUGCUGAAGAUCAUCAACCAGCGCAACGAGCCCGAGGCGCGCGACGCCAUCCUCCAAGCUCUCUUCUUCUCGCCAAACGACCGCGUCCUAGAAGGAAUCCUGAGCGACCAGUCAUGUGGCGCCACCCUCAUCUUCAAGGUCCUAACAACCCCCUUCUUCGACGAGAAGAUCCGCCCUGACGUCGUCCAAAACGUCCGCAACGUCCUGCUCCGCAUCAAAGCCCAACCCGCCCAAGGCUACAAGCGCCUCAUGGACGAAGUCGGGCUCUCGACCCGCGGAGGCCUUGGCGGGCGCGACGUCCACAGCGGCCGCGACAUGGAGGGUUCCAGGCCAGGCUCAAAGCAAGGCGCCCCGAACGGCAUGCUCCCGCCCGGCAUCGACGGCAGUCAGCUGCCCAGACCCCCCUUCUACCCGGGCAUGCCGCAAGCAGCGUUCGACCCCACCGCAAGCCUCCAGCGCACCGCAAGCGUCGACUCGAACGGCUUCGAGCCCUUCCACCAGCUCAACGGCCUCAACACCCAGGUCUUCACCCCGAACCUAAACGUGAACGCGCCCCUCACGCCCGUCACGGCCCAGCAGCUACAGUACCAACAGGCGAUGCUGCAGGCCGCGUCCGCAGGCCGCCCGCCUGCCAGCUUCUACCCGAGCCCGAUCAGCGCUGGGUAUCCGAGCCCGGCUGGCCCACCGCCGCCGGGCAUGGAGGCGUAUAGGAAUGUAGCGGGCGGCCCUCCGCUGGCGGCGCAGGUGGGCGGCAUGCAGGUGCCGCAGAAUGGGUUCGCGCAGGCGGGGGGCUACACGAUGGGCGUGGGCGUGCCGCCGGGGAUGUAUCAGUAUCCGAUGCAGUAUAUGCAGCCGUUGCCGCAGGCGCAGGGGCAGGGUGUGCAGGGGGCGGGUGGGCGGAGAGGGAGGGUGAGUUGA